CAUGGAUUUGCUGUCGGCGCUGAGCCUAGGCGAGCUGGCGCUCAGCUUCUCGCGGGUGCCGCUCUUUCCGGUCUUCGACCUCAGCUACUUCAUCGUUUCCAUUCUCUACCUCAAGUAUGAGCCAGGAGCGGUCGAGCUCUCCCGGCGCCAUCCUGUUGCAUCCUGGCUCUGUGCCAUGCUGCACUGCUUCGGGAGCUACAUCCUGGCAGACCUCCUGCUUGGGGAGCCCCUCAUCGACUACUUCAGCAACAACUCCAGCGUCCUCCUGGCUUCAGCCAUCUGGUACCUGAUCUUCUUCUGCCCCCUGGACCUCUUCUACAAGUGUGUCUGCUUCCUGCCCGUGAAGCUCAUCUUCGUGGCCAUGAAGGAGGUGGUGAGGGUCCGCAAGAUCGCAGUGGGCAUCCACCAUGCGCACCAUCACUACCACCAUGGCUGGUUUGUCAUGAUCGCCACCGGCUGGGUCAAAGGCUCUGGAGUCACCCUCAUGUCCAACGUUGAGCAGCUGCUCCGAGGCGUCUGGAAGCCGGAGACCAACGAGAUCCUGCACAUGUCCUUCCCCACCAAAGCCAGCCUGUAUGGAGCCGUGCUCUUCACCCUCCAGCAGACACGCUGGCUCCCCAUCUCCAAAGCCAGCCUCAUCUUCAUUUUCACCAUGUUCAUGGUGUCCUGCAAGGUGUUCCUAACAGCCACCCACUCCCACGGAUCCCCGUUUGAUGUCCUGGAGGGCUACAUGUGCCCCAUGCUGUUCGGAGAAGGCUGUGGGGAUGACCAUCAUGACAACCAUGGGAGCCAGGGCACGUCCCAUGGUGACAGCCAGGGUGCUCUGCACUCACCCCUGCCCUCCAAGUCCAAGGAGGAGCUGAGUGAGGGCUCCAGGAAGAAGAAGUCCAAGAAAGUGGAUUAGGGGGCUGCCCAGGGGCCAUGGGCACCAGGGAGGGGGCAUCCUGGGCUUGGCUUACCCCUCUGGGCCCUGACUCCCUGUCUGCAAACUGGGGCCAUCUGCCCACCUCCUGGGGCUUAUGAGAUUAAGUAAGAUAUGGGGGUACAGGGAUGAGGGGGUCGCCCUCUCUGCCAGGCUCCUAGCUUUCAGGGGGCCACACAGAAUCCCAGCAGCAGCUCCAACCAAAAACCCUGCUGUCAUUUUCUUGGUUCUACUUUUCCCUAAAAUUGUGUUCUUGACUCAAAGAAUUUUAAGGAACUCUGAGUCAUUUAUUUGAUGGACAUUUGCUGAGUCCCUGCUGUGACCCAUGCCCUGCUCCCAGCAUAGAGGCCCUGGCACGAUUUUGAAGUCUCUUCUUGCGUAAGCUCUCCAGGGCCUAGACCACUUCCCUGUGCCUGGAAAGUUCCAGCCCUAGCUGGGCAUCCCCAGGGGAGUUACCUGCCUUCUCUGAGCCUCCUGUUCCUCCUUUGUACAAUGGGCAGAAGCCUCGCACCCGCUUCUGAUGGGGUGUGGGCCGCCUGGCCAGAGAAGGUCUUCAUGUGGACAUGAAAAAGCUUUAUAAGCUCGUAGGCUCAGUGGUGUUGGAGGGGUUAUUAAUUAUGAUUGAAAGUGGCUUUGCAUUUUAGAUCGUUUGAGUUUGCAGAUCGGGGACCCCGCCGGUAACUCGGCAUGGAGGAGGCCUCCAGAAGACAUGUCGAGACUGGAUUUGAGAGCCUGUGGUGUGGGGAAGACUCUUUCUGACCUUCCACUGCCCUUGAACCCAAGAAGUGCUACAGACUGGGCCAGUAUUCUAAGACCCAGCUCUGGCAGGAGCCCAGAGCUCUCAGUGUGGACCCUGGAAGCAUCAGAACUCCGUCAUUCUGGCCUCGUUCACUGUGGCUCCUUCAGUCACUCAGCAAACAUCCUGAUGCCUGCUCUGUGCCAAGCCUUGUGCUGGGAGGGCCAAGGACUGGCUGUGGGUUGAGCGAGUGGGUGGUCCUAGGCUGCCGGGAGAGGUCAAAUAGCAUGAGAUGUUGAGGUGGGGGUUGGGCAUCUCCAGUCUCAGGUGGGGGUUGGGCUUAGGACUAUAAGUAGGUGCUCAGGGCAUGCUCAGGGCAUCCACCAGGAGCUGGGGGCAACCUAGAGAUCAGCAUGAGGUUGGCCAAAGCUUGGUGGUGGUCUCAGGAGUUGCCCAGCUGUUAGGAAAGUGCCUUUUUCCGGGUGAUGCCUGAAAGCUGGGUGGGUUCUGAAGCUGUCACGCCCCAAGUUCAUCCCCUUGCAUGUCCU